GAGAAAACAGGAGCAGGGUAAAAGUCUUCGGACCACGUCUUUGACAUUUGAAUUUUUUAGGAUAAAUCCACGAUUUUAACACACGUUUUUUGGAGGGUCUACUGCUGUUCAAUCAGAAAAAGAACAAUUGGCACGGUACUGUGAAAUCUCAAGAAGUGAGUUUGAGGCUGAUCCGAAUGCCUGUGGUCCUCCACGCACCCCAGAGACAUAUGACGCGGCGGUUGCUGAUCUCCAGGCUGACAACAUCCAAGGCGUCAGAGGAAUAAAGUGGAAAUAUGGGUGACUCAGAGCGAACCUUCCUAGAUGUUGCCAUUAUGGAAGCCCUACCAGAACUUCCAGCGGUGAACAAAAACAUCCUGGAGGAGCACUUACAGUCCAUUGGAGUCGAGACCUCUGAGGAUCUACGCUUUGUAACAGAGGCAGAUUUAAUGACCGGACUAAGACCUGUGCAAGCCAGAAAGCUUAUUUCUAUUUGGAAACAGAAAUACCAAACUCCCGAGAACAGCUCAGGACAGCUAUCAUCUGUGGAAUCGCUGUCAUCGCUCUCUCUUUCACCCAGAAGUUCAACGUCAACCUCAUCCAGCAGCUCAGGACUCGACACACAGGGGGACGACAGCUUUGAAGUUCCAUGGGGGAAAAUGCCAGAGGAAGUGAUGGAUUCUCUGGAGAGGGGAAAAAGGCCAGGCCCAAGACUGAGGAGGCAAAUGAUCCGGAUUGUUGUGACUGAGAUGAUGGAAAAAAGCCCUCAUCGUCAACAUGUCAACCAGGGAAAAAGUAUCAAAUGCCUUAGAGAGGAGUGGCCAUUUUGGUUUGAUGAACUUGGCAUGUCGAUCCACUUCAAGGAACUCACUGGGAUUGACCUCAAAGAGACAUUCACACGGAAUUUGGAUUUGAAGGGAAAAAGGCUGCUCGACUACAUGACCACAGUUUGUGUCAACAAGAGCAAGAGGUUCCUUCUGAAUUAUGCAAGGCUUCAGAGGAUGCGGGGACUGCAGAGUGGCUGCUCAGAUGAUGUGAUCGAGAUGAUCCUGCUUCUGCUAAGCUACUUUGAUGAGAAGGAGGAGUCCAUGUUCUUCCAUGUAGAAGAUACAUGUCUGGUAGAAGAGGUCCAACUGGAGCAAGUACCUCUGACACCCACUAUUAUUGUCUGUGGACAGUACUGCUAUUCCUCAACAAGGUACAUGCUGAGUCUGGAUCGGAACCUUAUCAACACAAACAUCUCCUCCUUCAUUUCUGCACUGUGCCUCAUGUUCGGGAGCUACUACUGUUUUAACAUCCAUUAUUCAUCUGAGCUGGCUUCAACCCUGGAGUUUCUUCAAAGGUGUUUUUUCUUGAUAAACCCAGAAAAAGGAACCAAAGUAGAGAACAAAAACUCCAAGCGUCAUCUCAACUUGAACCCUCGCGUCCUCACCCUGAUACAGGAACUCUCUGAUCACGAGUGGUGUGCCUAAAUAUGGACUCUUUCUGUGGACUCUGACUGUUUGUUUGAGAAGAGGUACUGUUAGUCUUUGCUAUGUUUAAAUCCAUGAUGUGUAUUAUGGUAAUUAAGGCACAAUAUGUAAGUUUUAUUUUAAAGUCUUCAAGGUGCACUAUGUAACUUCUGGUAGAGGGUCUGCCAUCUUCUUGUUUCAUGAAGAUCUUAUACUUUGCAGGAAUGUUCCAAAGUAUGGUAUAAAACUUAUUUACCUUUCAUUUAUUCAAUUAGAGCUGUUUUUAUUGCAAAAAAUACCUUAACAAACUGUGAGGGGGCUCACCUCUCCACAGAUCUGAUCUGUAAUUUGGCCUGUUGGCAUCACCUGAUUGUCUCCAUGGAGAUAUAGUUUUAUGCCAUACUGUGGAACAUUCCAGACAGGGAGAGUGUGGUGUUGUUGUUAUGCACCUGGCACUUAAACUUUGUGUGACAGAAAUAUGUUCAGAUUUAAAGAGGUUAAUGUCCAGAUUUAGAGAGGCUUGUCUUCUGGAUUAUUUCAACUUGGAUUCAGUCAAGGUUAAAAGAACCAUUACAUGUAGGUUCUUUGCAUGUUGUUUGUAUACGUUGAAAAGAAAACAUCCAACUGUUUUAUGGCGUACUGUGGAACAUUCCAGACAGGGAGAGUGUGGGCUGUUGUUGUGCGCCUGGCACUUAAAGGAGAAUUCCGGUGUGAUAUUGACCUAAAGUGUAUCGAAACAUGAUACCGAGUGUGAACGUAUGUCUCAUAGCCCAUCUCGGCUUGUUCCCUGCACUCCAAAAUCUGGCGCUAGU